AUGAUAACAAAGUUGGAGCAAUUGCCACAAGAUACAUUAUCCAACAUACUAUCAAGGCUACCACAAGAUAUAUUAUGCAACAUACUAUCAAGGCUACCAGCAAGAGAAUUGUUGAAAUGUAAGUUUGUUUCCGAAUCAUGGUUCAAUCUCAUAACUGAUCCUUAUUUUAUAAAUAAAUACUAUGUUUUCUACAACAAUCUUAUUUACUCUCAAAAUCAAAAGGAGCAUCUCUGGGUUAUUCGCACACUGUUCAAUAAUUCUGGCGUAAAAAUUGAUUUUCCCCUUAUGUUUUGGAAUUUAGAUGAUCCCAAAAAACAUGUAUCAUCUUCUCCUUUAAAUCUUCCUCAUGUAAACAAUCGAGAUAAAACUUGUUGGGGUGAGAUAUUGGGUUCUUGUAAUGGUCUUUACUUUAUACAAGGAUUUCCAAAUAAUUUAAUAAUUAACCCAUCCCUGAAACAGUGUCAUGUGUUGCCUUUGCGUCAGUAUUCUAUAACUUGUUCAAAAGAAACUUAUCUUGAGUCUGAAUUUGCUGGAUUUGGAUUUGAUCACAAAACUAAUGAUUAUAAAGUCGUUCUCCUACAAGAUGUAUGGUUGAAAAAAGCAAAUGGUGAAAGAGAAAAAGGAUAUUGGAUUGCUUUGUUAUACAGUCUUAAUUCCCACUCUUGGAGAAAGUUUAAUGCGGAAGAUCUCCCUCUUCCAUUUGAAAUUUCCCACGAGUCUUCCGCGGUUUAUACUUUUAUGAACAGUUGUUGUCAUUGGUGGGGUUAUGUUGAUAAGGAUGGCGGCGGAAUAGAAAAGUUCGUUCUAGCAUUCAACAUGGUUGAUGAAACAUUUAGGAAGAUAAAAGUUCCCAAAAUAGAGUAUUCUUGUUUUUCAGGAGAAUGUUAUAAAACUCUAGCACCUUUUAAUGAAUCUAAUACUAUUGGUGUUAUUGUUUAUCCUAUCAGAGGAAUAGGAGUAGAUAAAUGUUUUGAUGUUUGGGUGAUGAAAAAUUAUUGUGAUGAAGAGUCUUGGAUUAAGCUAUAUAGUGCUGGACCUGUGCCUAUGGAUUCAAAGUUUGUUGGAUUUUAUGGGAUCAAUGGAUUUCUUUGGAAAGACAAUGAUGGAAGACUGGUAUUGUAUGACUCUGAGAAUGACAAAAUGAUGGAUCUUCAAGUUUAUGGAAAACCUGAAAUAAGAGUUGUUAGGUAUAUGGAAAGUAUUGUUUCAUUGAGAAGGCCGGUGAAAAAAAACUACAAUUAA